AUGUGUAGACACCAGCAGCUGUUCGGAGGUGACGACGUCGAUGGCUCCGCAACCGACAUCACACAGGGCCGCUUGAUUCUCCCCGCCAACGUAAAGCCCGUACACUACGACUUGACCCUCGAGCCGGACUUCGAGAAGUUCACUUAUGAAGGCAAGGUCGCCAUUGAACUGGAUGUGGUAGAAGACACUACCUCGAUUUCGGUCAAUGCCUUCGAGCUCGAUAUCCACAAGACCACCGUUUCUUCAGGCGACCGCGUCAUUGCAGAGAACCCCACUGUCGAUUACGAUGAAGACACGCAGACGGCCAAGGUCAGCUUUGACCAAACCAUCCCUGCCGGCAACAAAGCUACCCUCACAAUGACCUUCACGGGCACGUUGAACGACCACAUGGCCGGCUUCUACCGCUCUUCGUUCAAGGAUGAGAACGGAAAUACCACAUGGAUGGCCACGACGCAGAUGGAGCCCACGGACGCGCGGCGAGCAUUCCCCUGCUUCGACGAGCCUGCGUUGAAGGCCAAGUUCACCGUCACCCUCGUUGCCGACGAGAAGAUGACCUGCUUGAGCAACAUGGACGUAGCUUCGGAGAAGACAGUCGACUCGACAAUAACAGGGGGAAAGAGGAAGGCAGUGACGUUCAACCCGACGCCGCUCAUGUCUACCUACCUGCUGGCGUUCGUUGUCGGUGAGCUCAACUACAUCGAGACAAACAACUUCCGCGUGCCCGUGCGUGUCUAUGCGCCGAAAGACCGAGACAUUGAGCAUGGACGCUUCUCCCUCGAGCUGGCCGCCAAGACGCUCGACUUCUACGAGAAGACAUUCGACAGUCCUUUCCCGCUUCCCAAGAUGGACAUGAUUGCCAUCCCCGACUUCAGCGCCGGCGCCAUGGAGAAUUGGGGUCUCAUUACCUACCGGGUGGUUGAUGUACUGAUCGACGAGAAGGUCAGUGGUGCAUCCGUCAAGCAGCGAGUAGCCGAGACUGUGCAACACGAGCUUGCACAUCAGUGGUUCGGUAAUCUGGUUACGAUGGAUUUCUGGGAUGGGUUGUGGCUGAAUGAGGGAUUUGCGACAUGGAUGUCUUGGUAUUCCUGCAAUGUCUUCUAUCCCGACUGGAAGGUCUGGGAGGGCUAUGUUACGGAUAACCUGGCCAGCGCGCUCUCGCUUGACUCUCUUCGAAGCAGCCAUCCUAUCGAAGUGCCUGUCAAGCGCGCAGACGAGAUCAACCAAAUUUUUGAUGCCAUCUCCUACUCCAAAGGCUCCUGCGUCCUCCGCAUGAUCUCCAAGCAGCUGGGUGAGGAUGUCUUCAUGGAGGGCGUGCGACGCUACCUCAAGAAGCACGCUUAUGGCAACACGCAGACCAGCGAUCUCUGGGCAGCAUUGGGCGAAGCAAGCGGCAAGGACGUCGAGAAAGUCAUGGACAUCUGGACGAAGAAAGUCGGCUUCCCCGUGGUCACUGUUACGGAGAAUCCCAGCCAAAGUUCCAUCCGCGUCAAGCAGAACCGCUUCCUGCGUACCGCUGACGUGAAGCCAGAGGAAGAUGAGACACUCUUCCCUGUCUAUCUGGGUCUCCGCACGAAGGAUGGCAUCAACAAGGAUUUGGCUCUGACUACUCGCGAAGCCGACUUCAAGCUCAGUGAGCAGGACUUUGGCUUCUUCAAGCUCAAUGCCGACCAUACCAACAUCUACAGGACGUCCUAUUCUCCUGAGCGGCUUUCGAAGUUGGGCAAUGCGGCCAAGGAAGGCCUCUUGUCCGUUGAAGACCGUGCGGGUAUGGUCUCUGAUGCUGGUUCUCUGGCUGCAGCUGGCUAUCAGAAGACCUCCGGCAUCCUUGCCCUUCUGGACGGCAUGAGGAGCGAGCCCAACUUUGUUGUCUGGCAAGAGAUUAUCGGCCGCAUCAGCUCGCUCCGCAGCGCCUGGAUGUUCGAGGAUGAGGCUGUUCGCGACGCUCUCAAAAAGUUCCAGCUCAAUCUCAUCAAGGACAAGACGCAUGAGUUGGGCUGGACCUUCACCGAGCAGGAUGGCCACAUCGAGCAGCAGUUCAAGGCGAUGAUGUUCGGCAGCGCCGGCGUCGCCAAGGACGAAACCGUCAUCAAAGCCGCCUUUGACAUGUUCAACAAGUUCAAAGCCGGCGACGCCUCGGCCAUCCAUCCCAACAUCCGCGGCAACGUGUACGCUCUCGCCCUAGCCAACGGCGGCGAGGAAGAGUACAACGUGGUCGUCAACGCCUACAAGAACGCCAAGACGAGCGACGAACGUAACUCUGCGCUUCGCUCGCUUGGCCAUGCCAAAUCCCCCGAACUGAUCCAACGCACGCUCGCCUUCGCCUUCAGCCCCGACGUCAAAGGCCAAGACAUCUACCUCCCCAUCGCCGCGCUGCGCACGCACCCCGAAGGCGUCAAGGCCCAGUUUGAAUGGAUGAAGGAGAACUGGGAGGAGCUGCAGAAGAGACUGCCGCCGACUAGCAGUCUGCUGUCGUCUGUGGUUGCGAUUUGCACGGGCAGCUUUACCAAGGAAGAGCAGGUGAGCAUGGUGGAGGAGUUCUUUGCCGACAAGAGCACCAAGGGGUUCGAUAAGGCGUUGGCGCAGAGUCUGGAUGCGGUGAGGGCGAAGGCGAGGUGGGUUGAGCGGGACGGGGAGGAUGUGGCGACGUGGUUGAGGCAGAAUGGGUAUCUGGGGGAGAAGGAGAAGCUGUGA